AUGCUUCCCACCUCAAUACCCUCCCUCUUUCUACUACUCUCAACAACCACAGUCUCUGCCUACCCCCACGCUUUUCCCCAUCUCCAGCACUUCCUAAGCAACGAGCUCCCCCCAGACGACCCCCCACCCCCAACUAACCCAUAUGACUACAUUGUAGUAGGUGGCGGCACGACCGGGCUCCUAGUAGCCAGUCGACUAGCAAAGGCCGGAAACUCAGUAGCCGUUAUAGAAAAAGGCGAAUAUCCUACUGGGAAUCUGACUACAAUCCCGGGGUACAAUGAACAAUGGUUUAGCAAGGAUCCAUCGCCAGACUGGGACAACAUCUUGUGGAAGUGGCCUACAGAGCCGCAGGUGGGAGGAAACCCGCAACAGCAUAUGAUGGGGAAGAUGAUCGGAGGAAGCCAAGGCCUAACCUUUGUCGAUUACUUCCGAACCACCAAAGGCGCGCUCGGAAAAUGGGCCGACCAAGUAGGUGAUGAGUCGUGGAGCUGGGAAAACGUCCAGAAAUACUAUAAACAGUCGUUCAAAUUCACAGGCCCCAACAAUACCGCCAGAGGGUUGAACGCAACGCCGGACUACGACCAAAGUCAGAUCAUCGGUCCUACUCCGGGCCCACUGGAACUUACCUUCCCCAAAUAUGCCCAGGCGUUUAGUAGCUGGGUGAAACUCGGUCUCCGGGAGUUGGGGGUCGCUGUUAAUCGAGUGUUCGUGGAAGGAGAUAUCAAAGGGGUCAGUUGGAUCGCGAAUAUGAUCGAUUCGCAGACCGGUAAUCGCGCCACUACGUACACGGCUUUUCUGGACCCAACGCUGAAUGAUGGCACGUCGAAGAUUGAUGUCUUUGUGGGGACAAUGGCUGAGAAGAUUGUAUUUCUGGAACUUCGGUCCGGCCGGCCGGUUGCGAGGGGGGUUAGUGUGAAACGGAGAGAUGAGGGAUCGUUUACGAUUGCGGCAUCCAAAGAGGUUAUUCUGGCUGGUGGACCUAUCCUCACUCCGCAGCUUCUCAUGGUCUCCGGGGUAGGUCCUCAGGAUCAUCUACGAGAGCAAGGGGUGGAGGUUGUUCUUGAUAAGCCGGGGGUGGGCCAGGACUAUAACGAUCAUAUUCUGCUUGGUGUCACGCGUGCAGUCCAGGUGGAGACAACGUCCAUCCUGCUCAACGAUUCCAGGAGAUGGGAAGAGUGUGAUAAAUUCCAGGCCAACGCAGACGGGAUGCUCGCAGAUCCAGGUGCAGAUUUAGUCGGCUUUGUUGAUUUCCCGUCUGAUAUUCGCAGUUCUCUUUCUGGGACGACUCUAUCUGAUCUAUCCGAAUUCCCCUCCGACUGGCCAGAUAUGUGCGUCGUGUCUUCGCCGCUCGGCGUCAACGAAGAGCCAGAACAUAACUAUGCGGAACUCGUCUGCAUUCCUAUGACGCCCACAUCGAAAGGAACAAUCACACUCAGAUCAAACUCUAUGGAUGACAACCCCGUGCUGGACCCGAAAUGGCUCUCCACGCAGACAGAUCUGGAGGUUGCUGUCGCCGGUCUGCAAUACUUGCUUCGGCUCUACGAUACCAGUGCCAUGUCGCAUAUCUUGGACUGUCCUGCUACCUCGGCCAAUUUGGAGACAGCUAGCUGGAACGAGCUCGCGGAUAUGGUGAAAAGCUCUUAUCGGUCGUUGAAUCAUCAAUCGGCGUCGUGUCGCAUGGGGAAGAAGGAUGAUCCUAUGGCUGUGGUGGAUAGUACGGCUAAGGUGAUUGGGAUUAGUGGAUUGAGGAUUGCUGAUCCAUCUGCCUUUCCUUUCCUGCCUGCGGGCUUUCCGCUGGGUACUGCGUAUAUGUUUGCGGAGAAGAUAGCAGAUAAUAUUCUCGCGGAGAAUGGAGGUGAUGAGGACGAGCAGCGAGGGGAGCUCUAG